AUGGCAUCUUCUCCUCAGCCGUCUAGCGUGAGGAUCCAGAUGUCUUCGCCGCAGACCAGCAACGCCAUAGCACCGCCGACGCCCAAGGGCGGAGCCGAAAACGACUCACCGACGACCAUGCGGGUGAUGGCAGCAUCGGCAGGCUCCGGGACAAUGGCAGACAAGGUGAUGACAAGCGCGUCCAACCUGGCGCAGCUGUUGCCGACGGGCACGGUGCUGGCGUACCAGGCGCUGUCCCCGUCCUUCACCAACCACGGCACCUGCACGGUGGCCAACCAGUGGCUGACGGCGGCCCUGGUCGGCGUCCUGGCGGGCUUCUCCCUCUUCUUCUCCUUCACGGACAGCGUCGUCGGCCGCGACGGGAAGCUCUACUACGGCGUGGCCACCCCGCGAGGGUUCAACGUGUUUAACUUCUCCGGCGAGGAGGAGGAGCGGGAGUGGGCGGUCGGCCAGCUCCGGAGGCUCCGGCUCCGCCCGCGCGACUACGUGCACGCGCUCUUCGCCGCCGUCGUGUUCCUCACCGUCGCGUUCAGCGACGUCGGCCUGCAGAAGUGCUUCUUUCCUGGUGCUGGUGAAAAUACCCACGAGCUUCUCAAGAAUCUCCCGCUCGGGACGGCGUUCCUGUCGAGCUUCGUGUUCUUGAUCUUCCCGACCACAAGGAAGGGCAUCGGAUACAACGACACCACUCCGCAACAAAAGGCAACAGCAACAUGA